CCUUCUCUUAGGGACUCUUCUUAGAAUUCAAGUAUUCAUUUUCUCUCUCUCUCUCUCUCUCUCUCCUCAAAGUUGAAACCAAUAACAUUUGUUAUUAAAAGCAGCCAUCCCCUUCGCCCACUGCGUUCUCCCAUGCACUUGUCUUCUUCAUCUCCAACACCCGCCACUGUUUUCUCUCUUUCCUCACCUCCAUUUCCCUCUUCUUCAUGCUUUCCAUUCCUCCCUUUUUAUUUUUAUUUUUUUAUUAUUAAAUAAACAAACAAACAAACAGUAACUCCCCUGCCCUCUUCCUUUAAAUACUUGCUCUUUCUUUCAUUCUCUUCCAUUGCCCAUACAUUCAUAUCUCUCUCUUUCAUAUUCAUUCUCUGACAAUUAAUAUUACACAACUUGCUUCUUCUUCGUCUUCUUCCUUCCUUCAUUCACUCAUUAAUUCAAGUGUUGUUACUUGUUAGUUAAGAUCAAUACAUAAAUAGAUAUAAUUAUGUCGAGCAGACGAUCACGUUCCAGGCAAUCUGGUGGUGUCUCUUCUAUUAGUGAUGAUCAAAUAGCUGACCUUGUUCGCAAGUUGCAGCAGCUUGUUCCUGAGAUACAUGCUAGGCGAACUUCUGACAAGUCGGCAAAUAGGGUUUUGCAGGAGACUUGCACUUAUAUUAGGAACUUGCAUAGGGAAGUGGAUGAUUUAAGCGACAGAUUAGCCGAGCUCUUGGCUUCAACUGAGAGUGACAGUGCUCAAGCAGCCAUUAUUAGGAGUUUACUUAUGUAAACAAAACAAAAAGAAAAAAGAAAAAAAAUAUAUAAGUAAUUAUAUUUAAGUAAUUAGCUGGAUAGUUUAAUUUGGAAGCCAACAUUAUUAUUUUUGUUAAUUUUGAAUUUUAAAAUGCUUCUCUCCCAUCUAUCUAGGGUUUGGUCUCUAGCUAGCUAGACCAACAAGCAAGAUAGAUUGAGUGAGAGAGAGAAAACCUUAAUUCGAGUGUAUUUAACUAGUUCUUCUAGUAGUAUUUAAUUAGUUCUUACAUUUUAAUAAUAAGUAAUUUAGUACGUACUCCAAUCCGCAAUUGAAUAUCUUUCGAGUCUUCGCAAUGUACUUAACUGAUGAGAACGAUGAAUAUAAAAUGUAUGGAUAUCCGGCCUUUUUAA